CCGGGAUGCUGACCACAGCUCUGGAAACGGGAGAGGGACCGAGGAGACGGCAGGUCACUGCAGGCCAGCCUCCUAGAGACGAUCUCGCAGCAAGCCGCAUCAGCUUUAGGGCACGAACACGUGCACCCCUCCAAAGCGAAGUCUCGCGCUCCGGGAGAGUCGGCCUCCAGCUCUGCCGCUGACGCUCACGCUGGGAAGAACAUAGAGCUCUCCCUCCCAAAUGGCUAUCUAGUUCUCGCUGGGACCAUAAAGACUUCCGUUCUAGAGCGGAGGCCUGGCUAGCCUUCCACUCACCUCGUUGGCCGCUUGUGGCUUCUAGUUCGGGGCUGAGUUAAACAAAAAGGCGGAGUUUGGUGACGAGCUUCCGCUAGGUUGCGUAGCAGCAGUGGGCGGGGCAAGGGAUCUGUCCCACACCGCGAAGAGUGGUCGGAACCAUCUCUCGUCUUCUUCCCCUUCCCCUUCCCCUCCCAGGAAAAGCUGGGACCCGGCACCCUGGCUAUCCCUUGGCCACUGCGGCCUCAGCUCCAGCCAGGCCUGGGUACGGAGAGUCCAGACCGCUUCCAGGGCGAGUGCUCCUGAUUGUGACAUCACAUCCAUCCCCUUGGCAAUGGAGCUUGUCCCUAGGAAGGAAGACUCAGUCGGAGAAUAGCCAACAAGAUGGGUUACUGGGAACGUCUCCUGAGUGGCACUGAGUGGAAGCAUCAGGGGGUUGGAGCCUUGUGAACAGGGAACCUGCCCCCAACACUUGGAAGGACAUCACAGCUGAUGGCUGGUCUGCAGAUUGUCUGCCCUUAUAUCAGGACCUGGGUUUCAGUGAUGAGACAUGGGGUAUGAUGUAACCCGUUUCCAGGGGGAUGUUGACGAAGACCUUAUCUGUCCUAUUUGCAGUGGAGUCUUGGAGGAGCCAGUCCAGGCGCCUCACUGCGAGCAUGCUUUCUGCAACGCCUGCAUCACCCAGUGGUUCUCUCAGCAGCAGACGUGUCCGGUGGACCGGAGUGUUGUGACGGUCGCCCACCUGCGCCCAGUACCUCGGAUCAUGCGGAACAUGUUGUCAAAGCUGCAGAUCGCCUGCGACAACGCUGUGUUUGGCUGCAGUGCUAUUGUCCGGCUUGACAACCUCAUGUCUCACCUCAGUGACUGUGAGCACAACCCAAAACGGCCUGUGACCUGUGAACAGGGCUGUGGCCUGGAGAUGCCCAAAGAUGAGCUGCCAAACCACAACUGCAUUAAGCACCUGCGCUCAGUGGUACAGCAGCAGCAGACACGAAUUGCAGAGCUGGAAAAGACCUCAGCAGAACACAAACACCAGCUGGCAGAGCAGAAACGAGACAUCCAGCUUCUCAAGGCGUACAUGCGUGCAAUUCGCAGUGUCAACCCCAACCUUCAGAGCCUGGAGGAGACGAUUGAGUACAACGAGAUCCUAGAGUGGGUGAACUCCCUGCAGCCGGCACGAGUGACCCGCUGGGGAGGGAUGAUCUCCACCCCAGAUGCUGUACUCCAGGCUGUAAUCAAGCGCUCCCUGGUGGAGAGUGGCUGUCCUGCGUCUAUUGUCAACGAGCUGAUCGAAAAUGCCCAUGAGCGUAGCUGGCCCCAGGGUCUGGCCACACUAGAGACAAGACAGAUGAACCGGCGUUACUAUGAGAACUACGUGGCCAAGCGCAUCCCUGGCAAGCAGGCUGUCGUCGUGAUGGCCUGUGAGAACCAGCACAUGGGUGAUGACAUGGUGCAGGAGCCAGGGCUUGUCAUGAUAUUUGCGCAUGGCGUGGAAGAGAUAUAGGAGAUCUCGACGGGCUAUCUGGAAGAGAUGAAAAUCAGAAAAUCCUGUCACUCCAGCAGCGGGGCCCUGAGUCCUCCCCACUUUCCUUAAUUCCGUGGCUAACGCUAGAGCCACACAUCUCCCUGCUCUUCUGCCACUGAAGAGGGCCCCAGGGCACUCUGCUCAGGCUUUCAGGUGGGAAACCCAGAUUCCCUCCAUUUGCCUAAUUUCUUCCCCUAAAAUGUCUGUAUAUUUUCCAUCUGGUUGGGAAAGUCCCCACCUCUAUUUCUGUUUUCCUGCCUAGGGUCCUGGUUCCAGAUGUUUUCAGAAAGCACAAAGAUACUCAUUUUCUCUAGAGGAUCAGGAUGGAGUGAGGCAUCUCUAACUGUUCCCCUCCUCCAAAACCAGGGAAUCCAGAGCAGGCAGGCCUUUGACUCUCUAAACAGCAUUUAGGGGGUGGCUCUGGGGAGCAGACAUCCUAAAGAAAUGGUAAGGAUGGAACAAAACCCUAGAAAUAAUGAGGCCAGUAGACCAUCGCUGGUGGCCCUUAGGGGAAGACUGGACCUCUGUGCCAAGCAAUACCCUGUUCAGCCCACCUUAAAGGUGUGGGCUCCCGCCGGGUCUGCAGGUGUGCAGGUGGGGAUGCCGAAAAUUUCCAGAUGAGCUCUUCUUUCCUACACUUUCUCACGAUUAGGGAAUGACAGGGUUGGGGUGAGGGGUUAGUCCAUUGGGGUGAAUAUGCUCAGCAGGAAGCAGCUCUCUGGCUUUUGCUGAAAUUGGUAGGCACUGCCUCUGGCACAGGCCAUAAUAGUUCCAUAGACUCCUCUCUCUCAGCCCUGUGAUUGUAACUAGUUAUUUUGAUAAUUUUCUUUGGCCAUUGUUUGUUUAUAUUUCACUCCCUCCCUCACAGUUUUUCUUUUUUAAGAAUGGCCUGAUUAUGGCUACCCCACUUUUCCAGCCCAGCCACAUUGUUGGCAAUUUAAUUUAUUUACUUUUUUUUUUUAAGAAAGGAAAAAGAAAAAAAAAUUUACAAAACUUAAAACUUUUCUUUUGCUGUUCCUAUUGUGGGGAUCUUUGGAUAGGGUGGGACGGGGAUGGGGUCUGUCUUAUGUUUUUCCUUUUCAGCACAACCUUUGGCUUUAAUAUAGGAAAGGCUAAGGGAGUCCUUGGCUGAACUGAAGUCUGCCCCAGUCCUCCAUAACCCAUCUGAGAUGAGGAGCUUCCUCUAUUCCAGUGAUGGAUGUGACAGUCCCGCAUCAAUGGCUGUGCCCUCUGGAGAACUUUGCUCCCAGCCCAUCUAGGGUCUCACUGUAAAACUCUGGACUUCGAGUAUUAAUUUUGAAGAAAUCCUGCCCGCCACUCCCCCCAACACCCGGUUUCCUUGGAGAUAUAUAUAUAGCUGGGUUCUAAGCUUCAUCAGGCAAGAUGGGAUAGAAAUUAUGUCUCUGAGUACAGGCUGUGCUGUCUCACCCAUACCCCCUUAGGACUUCAGCUGCAUUUCGGGAUGCCCAGGGCAUUCCUUAAUCCCUGGGGUGACUAGCAGAGUUAGAGAAGGGGAGGAAUAGUGGGUAUGAUUAUCGCGAUAUGCAGGUGGAAGUGGGGCUGGAGAGAGAGGCCAUAAAGCUGCUCUUUUUGGAGCUUUUUUCCAGGCCAGCUUGCGGUAGGUCUGGGUAGCUGGGUCAUGGCUCCACUGGAACUGUGGGGAGGAGGGAAUACAGCUUGAAGGGGGUGAGGAACAGUCAUAUGUUCCAGCUCCAGGACAUUGUGCUCAGGAAUUUGAAAACGCUGCUAUACUUAGUCUGGUUACUACAUUUCUUCCAUUCCCCUCUGCCCCUGCCUGCCUUACCCAGGCCCAUACCCUCCUGUUGUCACCCUAAGAUGGAGCCAGGAAGCUCAGUUAAGGCUUCCCUACCCUUUGCACUAGUGUCUCUGCAGGUUGCUAGUUGUGUUAUAUAUGUGCUGUUCCAUGGUGUUGACUGCACUAAUAAUAAAUCUUUUACUCAA